AACCACUUAUAGAAUUGUUAUGGAGAGGAUUGUAAGGGAAUAUAUAGAAAUUGGAGAUAUGGUCCAUGAUAGGACCUCUGCCAUUACACACACCUUAGAAGUUAAGAGUCUGUUCUCCUCACAUUCUGUGUAUAGUGCAUACUCCAGUUGUCUGGCAACCAUGGAAACUUGUCAACCACUCUCCAUCGAAAGUUUCUCGUAUAGAUGGUUAGUAAACAUAAAGCCAUCUUAUGAGAGCCUAGACGACACCCUCCUGGCCUGCAUUGACACGUUCGAAGAAGCUUCCUUCAUCGAGAUGGACCCAAAAUUACCACCCUCAAAGAGGUUCUUUAGUGGCUCCCAAGAUUGCAACUUUGAUUUUCCUGCAUCACAGUCUCCUCUUUCUCUUGUUCAUGCCGAUGAGCUCAUCUCCAACGGCUUCCUUGUGCCUCUUUUUGUGAAGCCAUCGAAGAUGGAAGAGUAUGAUGCUUCAAGUUCCACUCCACUACAACCCAUCUCCUCACAUGCGCAAAAAAGUGUGCAUUCAGCUAAUAAAUUCCGUUGUUCAUCAUUAAGAAGGUGUCGAAGAUUAUCAAGGCGACUGUUUUGGAAGUACUUGGAUUUUCUCAGGCCACUGUGUCAAAGACUGGGAGGUCGAAGAUCUGGCUCUGGAGCUGAUACUUUAGGUACAAAGAUGCAAGAAUUGAAGCACUGGAUAUAUUCUCCGGCAACACCUCCAAGGCCAAGCGUAGCUUACUCUGCUGAUAAUUGUCGUAGGUCUUGUGAUGACGAGAGCUCAAUUUAUGAAGCGGUUCUCCACUGCAAAAGAUCCAUUGGCAAGUGAAAAUGUAGAUGUCUUGCUCAGAAGAGAACAAGAGAGAGAAGAAAGGAGAUACACAAUCAAAGGAAGGAAAUGAGACGUCUCAAGAAAUUCAGUGAUCGCCCAUCACUUGUUCUUUGUCCCUUUCUUCUUCUCCUGCAAUGAUAAUACCCAUUUGUCUUUUUAGGGAAAUUAUAGCAAUUUGAGCAGAGAGAAAAAUGAUCAGUUAUAAUUCUGUAUGUAUUUUCCCUGUGAUAGGAAUUUUUCUGGCUAGAAGGAAUCUCUUCAACCUCAUUUAUUCAUCUGAAAAUCAAUAUUAUCUUUUUCUUGUUUUCCUUUA